AAGCUCUUGUUAGUUAUGUGAUAGAUAAAGAUGGAUAACAGCCGAUGGAGUCUUCAAGGUAUGACUGCUCUUCUGACCGGUGGAGCGGGAGGAAUUGGGCAUGCCAUAGUAGAGGAGCUAGCUGGUUUUGGGCCAAAGUCCAUGUAUCCGACAUAUCUGAAACACUGCUCAAUCAAAGUUUAAGCGAAUGGGAAAAGAAAGGAUUUCAAGUGAGUGGUACAAUCUGUGAUGUAUCCUCUCGUCCGGAGAGAGAAACACUCUGCAAACUGUCUCCUCGUUGUUUGAGGGCAAGCUCAACAUUCUUGUAAGACGUUUGUGAGUGAAGUUAAUGGAAAUGACAAUGAGCAAGUUUUGCUCAAAUAUUUUGACUAUAAAAUGUCAAUUUUGGUUAGGACCACUAUCUUAGAUUUUUUUCAUCUUCACUCGUAAGGCUACGUAUUAUUUCCACCACACAUACAAAGAUAAUCACUAGAUUCAUACUUAUCCGUUCCACAUUCAUUGUAUAUACAAAAUCUGUGGCAUUUCUGGUCACUUCAAGUAAGAUACAAGAAAAAAUGGAUAAAAGAUGGAGUCUUCAAGGUAUGAAUGCUCUUGUGACCGGUGGCACUAAAGGCAUCGGGGAAGCUGUUGUGGAGGAACUGUCAAUUUUGGGAGCAAGAGUCCACACAUGUGCUAGAGACGAGACUCAGCUUCAAGAACGUUUACGUGAAUGGCAAGAAAAAGGGUUUCAGGUCACCACUUCUAUCUGCGACGUUUCUUUGCGUGAGCAACGAGAGAAACUCAUGGAAACCGUUUCCUCUCUCUUCCAAGGAAAACUCAACAUCCUCGUGAACAAUGUGGGAACGUUAAUGCUCAAGCCGACCACAGAGUAUACAGCAGAAGAAUUCUCGUUUCUUAUGGCUACAAAUCUCGACUCAGCUUUCCAUAUUUCACAGCUUGCGCACCCUUUGUUGAAAGCCUCUGGCUCAGGGAGCAUUGUGCUCAUGUCCUCUAUUGCCGGAGUCGUGCAUGUCGGUGUUGGAUCCAUCUAUGGAGCAACAAAAGGAGCCAUGAAUCAGUUGGCUAGAAACUUAGCUUGCGAAUGGGCAAGCGACAACAUAAGGACUAACGCUAUUUGUCCAUGGUUAAUCACAACUCCUUUGAUUAGUGAUCUUCUCAGUGUUGAGGAGAUGAAAAAAGAAGCAGAGGAAAGGACACCCAUGGGGCGUGUGGGAGAGGCAAAUGAAGUCUCACCGCUUGUGGCAUUUCUUUGUCUUCCUGCAGCUUCUUAUAUUACUGGUCAAGUCAUUUGUGUUGAUGGAGGUCUCACUGUUAAUGGCUUCUCCUAUCAGCCACAUGCUUGAGCUAGGUCUGUGUUGUGUGUAUUGUCCAAUGAAAACAGUAAACCAAACAAUAACAUCGGAAAAUGAAUGAUUUGAAUAUUUAGGUUAAGCCUUAAAACUAAAUUCAUUUUGGUAUGUUGACAUAUUGUAAAACGUAAUGAACAAGAAACCUUAACAGAAGAUGUUUCUUUUAAGAGUACACGAGCCUUGCAGAAACAGAACACAAGUUGAACUCAAAUGAGAAGAUGGGCUUCGACACUCAUCAACUUACAAUGCUCAGUUGAUCAAGCACAAAGACAGAAUCAUGCAAUGAUGACUCAAAAGGACAGAUGGCUUCACUGUUGAAGAUUUUGACUAUAUGUCAUUUUUUGCUUGGGACACUUCGAUAUUUUAGUCAUGUUUUCUAACAUACGACUACAUAGUUUCUCAACAUGCCACGUACAAACAAGACAACAAACUCAUUAAUUCAUACUUAUCUGGAUUCUGAUCCACAUUUACUGUAUACAUAAUU